GUGAUAUUAUAUAUUAUACUACAGUUGGUGUGGGUAUAAAUUUAAAAACACGAUCCAACUAUGUAGACAGAUUGCUAGUGCUACCCUCGCGCCUCAGUAAAAACUCGGCACGCUUCCCGCAAAGAGGUUUUCAUUCGCUGUCAAGUGAUUUGUCAACCUGUUCAGUAGUUAUUUAGCCGAGAUAAUUUGCGGGUCACUUGUACAAUCACCGAUAAUCUAGUCUACCAUCGCACGCGUCGACAAACAAAAUGACUUGGAGUGCCCCAGCUCCCGCGGCCAGAGCUGAACCGCACGCGAAACGCAACUGACGCGUCAUGAUAAAGCUAUUUAUUUAGUUCCAAGUCGUCAGGAUGAAAGCUAAGGACAGCAUCGACCUGGACGCUAUCCUGACGGAGCUGGGCCAGUUCGGGAGGUACCAGGUGUACACGUACUGCUACAUUCUUCUGCCGAUCUUGUUCAGUUCUGUUUACAACGGACAGUACAUUUUUGCCGCAAGCGAUUUGGAUUACAGAUGCAAGGUGCCCCAAUGUGAGUCUGACCCCCCCCAGUACGACACCCACGGCUGGGGUCUCUGGGCGUUGCCGGAGGACGGCCGCUGUCGGAGGCUGCGCCCUCUCGGCAACGGGUGCUCCGCGCAGGACUUCCACUACAACGAGACGGAGCCCUGCGACGCCUGGGUCUAUGCAAAUGACCACUCUAUUGUUACUGAGUUCGACCUGGCGUGCGAGAACUGGAAGCGCACGCUGGUGGGCACCGUGCACAGCGUCGGCCUGUUCGCCGCCCUGCCAAUCACCGCGUACAUUUCAGACGGGUUCGGCCGCCGCACUGCGUUCAUCCUGACCGCGGUGUCGGCCGGCGUGAUGGGUCUCAUCCGGUCGUUCUCCCCGAACUACAUAUUCUACCUCAUCUUCGAAUUCCUGGACGCCACGCUCGGCUCAGGAGUCUACAGCUCUGGGUUUAUUCUUGCUCUUGAAAUGGUGGGCCUUAAACGCAGAGUUUUGGGCGGUAACCUUAUAUCCUGCACAUUUGCAUUGGGCUCGGUCACCCUCGCGCUGGUAGCGUGGGCAGUUCCCUACUGGAGGACGUUAACAAGAGUGAUCUAUGCACCGUCGCUUCUGUUCAUAUUCUACUACUUCUUCGUGGAAGAGAGCGUGCGAUGGUUGCUGAGCAAAGAAAAGAAGGAAGAAGCAGCGAGGAUCAUAUUCAAGGCGGCAGCGAUAAAUAAUAAGAAACUUAAGCCGGAGUCUGUGAAACAGCUGACGGAGAACAGGCAUGAAGUACCGACGAUAUUUAAAGGCGCCAUCCCACCGAGGGACGAGAGAGAACCAUCAACGACAAAGAAAAUACUCAAAUCCAAAAUCAUGGUUUCGAGAUUAUGCAUCUGUUCGUUCUGGUGGAUCACCGUGACCUUCAUCUAUUACGGGCUGUCCAUCAACUCGGUUUCCUUGGCUGGGAACCGCUACGUGAAUUAUAUCCUCACAUCCCUGGUCGAGAUCCCAGGGUACUGCAUCAGCGUCCUAACCCUGGACCGCUUCGGGAGAAAAGCCACAAUCAUGACCGCAUUUUUCAUUUGCGGUUCCUCUUUGUUGGCUAUGCCGUUUAUAUCGAAAGAGACUCUCCAGUGGCUGGUGACAUCGCUGUCCAUGGUGGGCAAGCUGUGCAUCAGCAUGGCCUUCAGCAGCAUCUACAUCUUCACCUCUGAGUUGUUCCCCACGGAGGCCAGGCACAGGUUGUUGGGAAUCUGCUCGAUGUUCGGGAGGAUCGGGUCUAUUGUGGCUCCGCAGACGCCACUCUUGAUGGAGUACAUGGAGUCGUUGCCGUACCUGAUAUUCGGCGCGAUGGCCGUGACGUCAGGCUUCCUGAUGCUACUAAUGCCGGAGACGGUGAACCUCCGGCUGCCGGACACGGUCGCGCAGGCAGAGAGUAUGGCGACGCGCCGGACGAAACGGCCGCACGACAUAAUCGUCGAUUAGCAGAAGCCUCUGCUAGUACUGUGCAAUAUUGAAUUAAUAGUUAUGUAGUGAGUACAACUCUAAACGUAGAGACAAUACUACGACUAGUCUUUCGUGUUUCCUUAGUUUGUAGGAAAACUGCUGAUGAGAUCGUCGCCAUGCAACAGGAGGAAAAGUGUGAAAGAUACAAUAGUACUUUUCAAGUUGUGCUUGUGUAGUGUAUGUCAUCCAAUGCAAUAGCGGUGACCAUUUUAAUAUAAGUGGACGAUCGUCUUUAUUGUACAAAGAAACAGGGUUUUUAGCAAAAAAUGCUCAAUACCGAAGUAGAUACAAAUUAAAUGAAACGUACAAUUUGCUUUAAGUAGGUAAGUGAUUAAAUUUUAGUCUAAAUUUUAAGUAGUCGAAUACCUAAAAUAAAUAGGUUUUACAUUGCAGAUAUUUAUAUGAUAAGGGAUUUAAGUUGAGAUUCAUUGCUUAGUUUUGAUCAUCUAAGUGAACAAUAUUAUGCCACGACUUACAUCAUUCAGAUGAAACAGUGAUAAAACCUAAGUUUUACAGCUCGAGAAAUAAAAAUUUCUUCAUUUUGUAAGAGUUGAUGUGUGAAUAUUUUUAAUUUUAUAACUUUGUAUAUAUUGUUAAUUUAAAUUAUAAAUCAUACUUAAUUUUAAUCAUGGAUUGAAUAUUUAAUUUUAUAUUGUUUAAUUAUAAGGUUUAAUUUUUA